AUGUCACUGCCCGGCCCAGUGGGGCCUGGGGGACUAAAGAAUGCACACCUGCCCGGCAGACUGCAGGCAGAGUUUCCAGGCCCCGACCAGACGGACUUGGUUCCAGCGCCGUCCACCCAGAAUUCCCCCUCUAUCCCAAGGACUCAGAAGCUGGGCGUCCUGCCCGCAGCCGAGGGGGCAGCCUGGAGGGGCCCCCGCGGGCACAGCCGUCCCGGCUGCCGCCCGGAGCGGGCCCGGGAGCGGCUCCCUGCGGCCGCGGGCCGCCCCGCCCCGCCCCCUCGACCUGGGCGCUCCCGCCCGGCGCCGGGGCGGGCGUGCCCUCCGUGGCCGCAAGGCGUCGCUGCUCCCCCGCUGGAAGCGCUGAGCGACCCGGACGGUGUCCCGGGGCCGCAGUCCGAGCCGGGGCGCAAUGCAGGCCCGGCCUCGGCCUGUUCCGGGGCCGUGAGUCCCGCGGCUUUGCAGAGGCGGCAGCAGGUCGCAGCGACCCUCACAGAGACGCCCCGCUCUGCGGCUCCAGCCCCCGACCCCCAGCACUCAUGGCCUCCCAGCAACACCCCACACACGCACUCCCAGAGCAGCCGGGGCCGAGGUCACAGCCUCACCGGGGCUCCCUGCUGCCGGGAGACAAGCAACCAGAGGUGGAGGGGAGUGGUCGUGGACACCGGGAGGAGGGGCUUCGGCCUGGUUCAGGCCCGGCGGGUGCUCCCGAGACCUGGGAAAGGGCCUCGGGGCCCCUCUCUGCCCCCCGCCUCGGAGCAGAGCAGGAGUCAGGUCUGCUCGGUGGUGACCGCCCGGGUACGCAGCUUUGGGGCAGGGGGCCUCCCGUCCACAGUGAAAGCAGCGCUGGGCCGUGUGGUGGAAUCCACCCACGGCACGUCUCCGAGGCCCUUUGGGGCUCUGGACGUUAGGCUGUGUGGAUGUAUUGCUGGUGGGGACCCAGGGCUGGGCACCGUGUUGUCCCCGUGUCCUGGGCUGGUGAGGAGCUCCCAGGAGCAGGCCUGCUGGGCCAACGGGGAGGGCCACGAGCUGGGCCUGCUCAACCCAGUGCUCUGGGGCCUCCGGUCGGCAGAGGCGGCGCCUCUGAGCUGA